CUUGUGACAAGAGAAACCAAACCGUAAGAGCUUCUGAAGAGCAAAAGACUUCAGUCUAGACACUAGAUACAGUAAACCUUAGCACCAACCCAGGUUCAUAUCUUACCAAGCAUACUCCAAAUAUGUCUGGAUCACGGAGCUCCUCUCCCAAUUCCAACUCAACGUGGAGCCUGAAAGAGAACAAGAUGUUUGAAGAGGCACUCGCCUACUAUGGUGAGGGCACACCCAACCUGUGGGACAAGGUGUCCAGCGCCAUGGGAGGCAUCAAGUCUGCUGAGGAGGUGCGCUGCCACUAUGAAGAUCUUGUCGACGACGUCAAGAUGAUUGAGUCAGGGCGGGUUGCGUACCCCAAGUACAAGACACAGGGAUUCUGGACCCAAGGUUGAAGCAUCAGAAGCUCAAGUGGGCUGAAACAAAAGUUCCAAGAAUCUAUGAUCCACUUAGGUUCUAGAAGGAAGCAAAGUAAUCCAAUUCUGGUUGGAGAAUAAAAUGAUGAAACGUUGUGUAUAUAUGUAUAUAGUAGUAGGUUAUGAGCAAUGUUAAGUCUCCUUGUUGUCGUAGGAUCUAGUUUACAUUCAUAAACCCCCUGUAUACAUUAUCCCCUUAAACUAAGUUAUGAAGAUGCAAACUCAUGUAUUUAUGUUAAUUAAAAAAGUUGUGCCUGGUAGCA